GCUCCGGAAUCUCAUCCUCUGGCCCUGGAGCUGCUGCUGCUGCUGCUGCUGCUUUUGCUUUUGGGGCUGAGUUUAAUAAGCGAGCGAGCGAGCGAGCGAACGCGGGGGAAAAGGGCAGAGAAUGUCCGCCAUCUACCCUCCGCUCCUGGGCGCGCUCUCAUUUAUAGCAGCCUCUUCAUGAAUUACAGCUGAGGGGGGCGGGGGAGGGGGGUACCACACAACACCCCAGCAAACCUCCGGGCCCCCAGGCAUGGCUAGCUCGUGUGCCGUGCAGGUGAAGCUGGAGCUGGGGCACCGCGCCCAGGUGAGGAAAAAACCCACCGUGGAGGGCUUCACCCACGACUGGAUGGUGUUCGUGCGCGGCCCGGAGCACAGUAACAUACAGCACUUUGUGGAGAAAGUCGUCUUCCACUUGCACGAAAGCUUUCCUAGGCCAAAAAGAGUGUGCAAAGACCCACCUUACAAAGUAGAAGAAUCUGGGUAUGCUGGUUUCAUUUUGCCAAUUGAGGUUUAUUUUAAAAACAAGGAAGAACCUAAGAAAGUCCGCUUUGAUUAUGACUUAUUCCUGCAUCUUGAAGGCCAUCCACCAGUGAAUCACCUCCGCUGUGAAAAGCUAACUUUCAACAACCCCACAGAGGAGUUUAGAAGAAAGUUGCUGAAGGCAGGAGGGGACCCUAAUAGGAGUAUUCAUACCAGCAGCAGCAGCAGCAGCAGCAGUUGCAGCAGCAGUAGCAGCAGCAGCAGCAGCAGCAGUAGCAGCAGCAGUAGCAGCAGCAGCAGCAGCAGCAGCAGUAGCAGUAGCAGCAGCAGCAGCAGCAGUACCAGUUUUUCAAAGCCUCACAAAUUAAUGAAGGAGCACAAGGAAAAACCUUCUAAAGACUCCAGAGAACAUAAAAGUGCCUUCAAAGAACCUUCCAGGGAUCACAACAAAUCUUCCAAAGAAUCCUCUAAGAAACCCAAAGAAAAUAAACCACUGAAAGAAGAAAAAAUAGUCCCUAAGAUGGCCUUCAAGGAACCGAAACCCAUGUCAAAAGAGCCAAAACCGGACAGUAACUUACUCACCAUCACCAGUGGACAGCAAGAGAAGAAGGCUCCUAGCAAAAGGCCCCCUGUUUCAGAUUCUGAAGAACUCUCAGCCAAAAAAAGGAAAAAGAGUAGCUCAGAGGCUUUAUUUAAAAGUUUUUCUAGCGCACCACCACUGAUACUCACUUGUUCUGCUGACAAAAAACAGAUAAAAGAUAAAUCUCAUGUCAAGAUGGGAAAGGUUAAAAUUGAGAGUGAGACAUCGGAGAAGAAGAAAUCAACUUUACCGCCAUUUGAUGAUAUCGUGGACCCCAAUGAUUCCGACGUGGAGGAGAAUAUGUCCUCCAAAUCUGACUCUGAACAACCCAGUCCUGCCAGUUCCAGCUCCAGUUCCAGCUCCAGCUUCACACCGUCCCAGACCAGGCAACAAGGUCCUUUAAGAUCGAUAAUGAAAGACCUGCAUUCCGAUGACAAUGAGGAGGAAUCAGACGAGGCCGAGGAUAAUGACAAUGACUCCGAAAUGGAGAGACCUGUAAAUAGAGGAGGCAGCCGAAGUCGCAGAGUUAGCUUAAGUGAUGGCAGCGAUAGUGAAAGCAGUUCUGCUUCUUCGCCCCUACAUCAUGAACCCCCGCCGCCCUUAUUAAAAACCAACAACAACCAGAUUCUUGAAGUGAAAAGUCCAAUAAAGCAAAGCAAAUCAGAUAAGCAAAUAAAGAACGGUGAAUGUGACAAGGCAUACCUAGAUGAACUGGUAGAGCUUCACAGAAGGCUAAUGACGCUGAGGGAAAGACACAUUCUGCAGCAGAUCGUGAACCUUAUAGAAGAAACUGGACACUUUCAUAUCACAAACACAACAUUUGAUUUUGACCUUUGCUCGCUGGACAAAACUACAGUACGUAAACUACAGAGUUACCUGGAAACAUCUGGAACUUCCUGAGGAUACAACAACUGGAUGCAUCAAAAACUAUUGUUUUGUUUUGUUUUUGUUUUUUUGUGGGGGGGAUGUGAUUUUUUUUUGUUUGUUUGUUUAUAUGAAAACACUCAGAAUGAUGCAACCAAAAGGGAAAAAAUAAAAAUCAAACAACCUUCAGCUUUAUUUUUCUUUAAAGCCAGUCAUCAUCUCUUGACAAAGGAGAGGUUAAGCAAACCAGCCUCAGCGGACCACUCUUCUCUCCAAGGAAAUCCCCAGGAAGAGUUAGCCUGGAUAGCCUUGAAAACAAACAAAUCAAACACAACACAAGAAAACUUAAAGAAUGUGUAUGGUAUCAUGUGUCUCUCUCUGUGGUGGUUCAUUCCACAGGACGAAUGCAUAUUCAACACACUGCCUUAUUACAUAACUGAUCUAUUUAUUAAUGCAUACAGAUAUCCUAAAGUCGUUGAGGGAAUGACACCACAAGACGUUCUAAGUGCUCGGUCCCGUGGAUGCUCUUUCGAUGCAGCGCCCUUGCCACCCCAAGCCCAGUGACCUUACUCGUAUGCCGUGCCACUCUUCACCGACUUUUUCCAACUCCUUUAACUCGUUGCAAUCUGUAUUUUCCACCUUUUGUUUUUCCAGUUCCAGGACACAAGCGAUCUACUGGGGGGACCAAAUAACCACCCUGAUUUUCUUUGUGGUCUUUUUCGUGAAAGUUGGGGCGCUGUCCUCGGCUGUAUCCAUGUAACGAUCUUGGACCAUCGUAGAAAAAGCACCAAAUAGGAUCAUGAGUUGCUGUCUAGCCUUAGUCAAUAAACCUGUAGGACUUUUAAACAAAAGUGUACCUGGAAACGUCCUGCAUCCAGCAUUGUUGAGCUGUCAUCAACAUUCUUGUGUUUGUUUCACUGUCAUAAUAUUAGAUAAAUAUGGAGUAAAGGCAUUCCACAGGAUCCUCAUUUAAAAAAAAAAAAGAAUACUGGUUCUGUUUUCUAAAGAAAUGUUGUAGAAAUUCUUAAUUUGAAUCUAUUUAUUAGUAAGAGUUUCAGCUUUCUUCAGCUGCCAGUGUGUUAUCCAUCUUUACCAUGAAACCUGGAAUAAGAGAUUUUUGUUUGUUCACAUAUAAUCCUCUUAGACUCUUUUAUAUUUGGAAAAUUAAAAUCUUUCUUUGGGGGAAAUUCUUGGUUAUUCUGCCAUAACAGAUUAUGUAUUAACUUGUAGAUUCAGUGGUUUGAUACCUGUUUAGUCCCUUGCUUAUGUUUCCAGAAGGAUUUCUUGUAUUGGUGAAAAUAAAGAUGGUUGGGGAGGGGGGAUAUUUUUUGUUCUUGAUGUACCCUGUUUUGAAACUAGAAAUCUGUCCUGUGGCAUGCAAAAGAAAGCAAAUUAUUUUUAAAGAAAAAACAAAAACCAAAACCAACGUACUUUUGGUGUCAUUAUUCCAUCAUCCUCUCCAUAUAUGGAGAAAUGCAAAGUGAGAACAGCUCAUCUCUCAAGUUUUUGCUAGGAACUCAACCGAAAAGAAAAGAAAGGAAGAAAUACUUCUGGAUCCAAAGGUUCGUUCACUGGAUCAGCCUUAAAGAAAGUCUCUAUGUGUGCUAAUAGACCAGGUAUUUCGCGUGUUCAUUCCCAUGCCAGAUGCUGUCUUUUCAUACAGAGAUUCACUUGUGUCUGUACAGAAAACGGUCCGUCUUGACCCAUUCUUUUGGGCAGUAAUGUAAAUGCAGAUUGAUAUUGGAGUCAUUUCUGCGUUUUUAAAAGGGUUUUUUUUUUUUUACAUUGUUUCUUUUCUAUCCAAAGACACUAUUUUUUCCUUUAAAAAAUGAUAAUACAGCCAUGUUCCUUGUAAAUUCCUUCUCCGAAGCACCCUCCCUGAGGACAAGUGUACUUUUUCAAUAAUGUUAUGAUUCUUGCUGAUUGGCAGGAACCAUCCUUGAAGAAUUUGUUAUCUAGUCCACUUCUCAAUGUUUAAUUACAGAGAAACUUUCUAAGUCAUUUUGGAUGUUAGGUGACUAUGAAUUGUGUGCUUUUAGUUGUAUUUUGUUUUGUUUUGAACUUUAUAGGUAAAAGGGGAGGACAGUACUUAUAUGGAAUUGUUUGCAAAAUUUAAAACUUUAAAAAAUUUCUAACUGCUAAUCCACAUAUUCUAAUUAAACCAGAAAUGUAUGUGGUUUAACUAAAAUAUCUGUGUAGUUUAACUAGGAAUGUAUAUAAUGUAGUUUUGGCCAUUUUUAUUUUUGUAACUAAAUUGUGUGGCAAGAAAUAUGAUUUGGCAAUGUAAACAUUUUUGUUCCUUAGGUUACUAACCAAGAAACUAGGUAACAUAAGAAAUGAUCAAACAAAAAGGUUAAUAAGUAGGGAUGUUAUUACAGUGAUAACAUUUAGGACUAAAAUUUAGGUAAUAAAGCAUAUGUCUUCAGAAUAUCAUCAAAAUGUAACUUUGUAAUUGAUAACAAAAUUUGGGAAAACUUAGCCAUUUACUACUUCUGGAACCAACAAAAGGAGUUUUCCACAGAAUUCCAAGAGUAAGAGUCACAUUGUUGAUUUUUUAAAAGUCACACUCUUGCUCUUAUCUAAUUUUUAAAUGCAGAAAUAAUAAAUCCCCUUCCAAUUAAUUUCAAAUAGUUAUACUUCUCUUAAAGUAACUCAGUUCUGCCAUGUUUAUAUACACUCAUCUUUGAAACCCGUCACAAAAUAUUUUUGGCACAUGUGUAUCCUAACAGUGGCUUUGGUUUUUUAAGCACAAAAGAAAAACGGCAGAGUUCAGUUUCUUUGGGGGGUGUGUGUAUGUGUGUGUGUGUAUUUCAAAUAAAAUUAAUUGGAUGAGUGUGAAUAUUGUUUGAGCCAGCCAGAGUAUGAUAAACUUUCUUUAAAUUUUUCCCCAUUAAUUUGAGGGGGAACAAUGUAUGUACAGAAUGCUCCCCCCACCCUUAUUGAUUUUGCCUCUGGUUUUGCAGCAGGAUAUGUAUGAGAGGUGAUGCUUCUAUCUUAGUAUAUUGCAUUCAUGUCAGCAACAAAAAUGUUUGCAGUUACUUUGUUUCUGUACCAUAAUCCAUCUCUCUCUCUGUGUAGAUAAAUAGGUGUGUCCAUACACCGGGGAUGCCAAAAAAAAUGUAUACAAGUGGUCAACGUUGCUCAAGCAGUAGUUUGCCAUAAUCAGAAGUGUCUGGACGCUGGUGGUAACCACUUUGAACACCUCUUGUAAUUGCAAAAGUCAAAUGUGACUUGUAUUCAUCUUUUGUUAUCGGUAUAUAUUGAGCAUUACAAUUUUAAUACAGUUUUCCUUAAAAUGUGUAUACAUUUUUUUGGCACCCUCUGUAUAUAUACUUGCAUAUUGUGUCAAAAUAGGGAGGAACAUAAAAACUUAGAUUAGGAGACAAAAAUUCUAGACGGAAAAAAAUUAUCAGACAGUGACCUAAACAUAUUUAAACUGCUAAGCAAAUCUCUCUAAUCUGAAUAAUUACCCACCUUUUCAUGGAAAGAGCCAAUAACUUUGGUUUUCUUCCACCAAAAGUUUCGUCCACCAAAAAUGUUUCUUCUGUCUCCUUUCGCAGACCCAGCUAAUCUUUUUAAAAGACAGUUCAGGCCUGUGUAACAUCCCACAUACUGUGGCAAGCCCCACACAUGUUAACGAGUUAACAUGCUUGUUUAAAAGGGACUUUCGUCUUAAAUGUGUUAACUCUGCUUAGGUAAUGGAGUUGGAUAUUCAGUGUUGGAAGUGGUCAGUGUUGUGUUCGGUAGCUUAUGUUCAUUUCUCACUGUGGAUGUGAUCAGCUCUGGAGUAGUUUGCCGUAUGCCCAUUUUUACCUUUAGCGUUUUGUCUGCUAAUGCUAUGUACCACAUACACACGCACGCAUGCAUAUUAUAAUCUUGCUUUGGACUGUUGCUCUAAAACCAUAACUAUGAUGUCGUCUACUACAGCUGCAAUGAAUGUCAAGGAGUCGAUUCCCAUGGUUUAGUUUAGUCUUGGGCUGGAAAUCUACAGCUUUGGAUCUCUUUUGUUUUAUGUGAUGCUUUUUAUCAUGUAGGCACUGCCAUCACUGCACAUUUCUUGUAAAGAUGUAUUGAAGAAGUCAAUUUAAAAGGAAGACAAAGCCACUGCUGUCUGUAAACUGUAAAUAUGUAUUUUGGCACUUACACUCCAGUAUUCUGAAAAUAGAGUUAUGAUGGAAAUGCUGACAGAUCCUUAACGGUGGCCAGAGCUACCAUGCAGUGCAAAAAUAAAUUAAGUAAAAAUGUAUUCUUGAGAUUAACAGUGCAAGGCCAAUACGUUUUAUAAAUCUGUCAGUAUCUUUUUUAAUGGAGUGUGUAUGUGUAGUUAUGUUGAAAGAUACACUGUGUAUGUGUGUGUAGAUGCUAUUAUGUGAACUACAAGGCAUUCGUAAGAUGUAUUCCCCAUCUCUAAAACCCAUGUUGAAAUGUAAGUACAGAUUGACGGAAAUGGGUAUUUUCCUUGAAUUUAUAUCUAAUCUAUUGUGGCUCCCUUUUCUUUACAAUGUAUAUAGUCUUACUGAUUUGUUAAGAGUCCUUCUACCAAAGUUUGGUUUUGCUUUGCAUACAGAAAAAAACGAGCCGCUCGCCUUUCUCAAGAAGUGCUGCUGGUCCUAAAGAAGAAUGAGUGACCAGGCCAGCUGAGAACGUAGUCCAUGCCCUUUUCAUCUUUGAGUCCCCAGUGUCUGAGCACCAUUUUCCGUGUCCUAAAAGCAGUACAUUUUUUUAAGCUCUGCAGAGAUUGGGCAAGAAAUGGUGGUACGCAUUCUUGGAAUAAACUGGGUUACUUGUG